AGGCAACAGGAAGUCCGGCGGCGAGGAUGGAGUUGUUGCUGAAGGCCCUGUAGCGGGGGUCCCUGGUGGGAUCCGAGUCUUCCCUGUUUUUGGACGGCAGACUCCUCCCAGCAGCAGGGGCGGGACGGUGGCGGCGAAGCUCCCGCAGCCAUGCAUGACGCUUUCGAGCCGGUGCCGAUCCUGGAAAAGCUUCCCCUGCAGAUCGACUGCCUGGCUGCCUGGGAGGAAUGGCUUCUUGUUGGAACCAAGCAAGGGCAUCUUCUUCUCUACAGGAUUCGGAAGGAUGUUGUGCCAGCAGAUGUAGCCUCACCUGAAAGCGGCAGUUGUAACAGGUUUGAGGUAACACUAGAGAAGUCCAAUAAGAACUUUUCCAAAAAGAUCCAGCAGAUCCAUGUGGUUUCCCAGUUUAAGAUUCUGGUCAGCUUGUUAGAAAACAACAUUUAUGUCCAUGACUUACUGACAUUUCAACAAAUCACUACAGUCUCAAAGGCCAAGGGUGCAUCACUGUUCACCUGUGACCUCCAGCACACUGAGACGGGUGAGGAGGUGUUGCGGAUGUGUGUGGCAGUGAGGAAGAAGCUGCAGCUGUACUUCUGGAAGGACAGAGAAUUCCACGAACUGCAGGGAGACUUUAGUGUGCCAGAUGUGCCCAAGUCCAUGGCAUGGUGUGAAAAUUCUAUCUGCGUUGGUUUCAAGAGAGACUAUUACCUGAUCAGGGUGGAUGGAAAGGGGUCCAUCAAAGAGCUCUUCCCAACAGGCAAGCAGCUGGAGCCCUUAGUUGCCCCUCUGGCAGAUGGAAAAGUAGCUGUGGGUCAGGAUGAUCUGACUGUGGUGCUUAACGAGGAAGGCAUCUGCACGCAGAAAUGCGCCCUGAACUGGACAGACAUCCCAGUGGCCAUGGAGCACCAGCCUCCAUACAUUGUUGCAGUGUUGCCAAGAUACGUGGAGAUCCGAACACUGGAACCAAGGCUUCUGGUCCAAAGCAUCGAGUUGCAAAGGCCUCGCUUCAUUACAUCAGGGGGAUCAAACAUUAUCUAUGUGGCCAGCAAUCAUUUUGUUUGGAGACUCAUUCCUGUCCCCAUGGCAACCCAAAUCCAACAGCUUCUCCAGGACAAGCAGUUUGAAUUGGCUCUGCAGCUCGCUGAGAUGAAAGAUGACUCAGACAGUGAAAAGCAGCAGCAGAUCCAUCACAUUAAGAACUUGUAUGCCUUCAACCUCUUCUGCCAGAAGCGCUUUGAUGAGUCCAUGCAGGUCUUUGCUAAACUUGGCACAGAUCCCACCCACGUGAUGGGCUUGUACCCCGACCUACUGCCCACGGACUACAGGAAGCAACUGCAGUACCCCAACCCGCUGCCCACACUCUCUGGUGCUGAACUGGAGAAGGCUCACUUAGCUCUCAUUGACUACCUGACACAGAAACGGAGCCAGUUGGUAAAGAAGCUGAAUGACUCGGAUCACCAGUCCAGCACCUCCCCGCUCAUGGAGGGCACUCCCACCAUCAAGUCCAAGAAGAAGUUACUUCAGAUCAUUGACACCACUCUGCUCAAGUGCUACCUCCAUACAAAUGUGGCCCUGGUGGCUCCCUUGCUGCGCCUGGAGAACAACCACUGUCACAUCGAGGAGAGUGAGCAUGUACUGAAGAAGGCUCACAAGUACAGCGAGCUGAUCAUCCUGUAUGAGAAGAAGGGGCUCCAUGAGAAAGCUCUGCAGGUGCUAGUGGACCAGUCCAAGAAAGCAAACUCACCUUUGAAAGGCCACGAGAGGACGGUGCAGUAUCUGCAGCAUUUAGGCACAGAAAACCUUCAUCUGAUUUUUUCCUACUCAGUCUGGGUGCUGAGAGACUUCCCAGAAGAUGGCCUGAAGAUAUUCACUGAAGACCUCCCAGAGGUAGAGUCUCUGCCACGAGAUCGAGUGCUCAACUUCUUGAUAGAGAAUUUCAAGGCUCUGGCCAUUCCUUAUCUGGAACACAUCAUCCACGUGUGGGAGGAGACAGGCUCACAGUUCCACAAUUGCCUGAUCCAGCUGUACUGUGAGAAAGUGCAGAGUCUGAUGAAAGACUACCUCCUGUCGCUGCCCACAGGUAAAAGUCCAGUCCCUGCUGGAGAGGAAGGGGGUGAACUGGGAGAAUACCGACAGAAGCUGCUCAUGUUCUUGGAGAUUUCCAGCCACUAUGAUCCAGGCCGGCUCAUCUGUGAUUUUCCCUUUGAUGGCCUCUUAGAAGAGCGAGCUCUCCUGUUGGGGCGCAUGGGGAAGCACGAACAAGCUCUCUUCAUCUAUGUCCACGUCUUGAAGGACACAAAGAUGGCUAAGGAGUACUGCCACAAACACUACGACCAAAACAAAGAAGGCAACAAAGAUGUGUAUCUGUCCCUGCUUCGGAUGUACCUGUCACCUCCAAGCAUUCACUGCCUGGGGCCAAUCAAACUAGAGCUCCUGGAGCCACAGGCCAACCUCCAGGCUGCCCUGCAAGUCCUAGAGCUGCACUACAGCAAAUUAGACACCACCAAGGCAAUCAACCUUCUGCCAGCAAACACUCAGAUCAAUGACAUACGCAUCUUUCUAGAAAAGGUCUUAGAAGAAAAUGCACAAAAGAAAAGGUUCAAUCAAGUGCUUAAGAAUCUUCUCCAUGCGGAGUUCCUCAGGGUUCAGGAAGAGCGAAUUUUACACCAGCAGGUGAAGUGCAUCAUCACUGAGGAGAAGGUGUGCAUGGUGUGCAAGAAGAAGAUUGGGAACAGUGCAUUUGCAAGAUACCCCAAUGGGGUGGUUGUGCACUACUUCUGCUCCAAAGAGGUAAACUCAGCCGACACCUGAGCCCGGCAGCCCAAGCACUCAGCAGUAGACAGCUCAGCUUUCCCAGAGAGUUGAAGGAGCAGCCACCUUGAGAACCAUGGACUGCUACCAGGGAUGAUGCUGGCCACCUUGCUCUCUGGAACAUCUCUGAAUUAACUGGACUUGUCACCUGGCAUUGCCGGCUUUUUACUAGAAGAAGAGAUUAGUUAUAUCUUACGCUGUUAUGUUGCAGACAAUUCCAGGAGUUUAACCCCUGCUUGGACAGGAGGAAAUGCACCGUCUUGCCUUUGUAUACCAAUCACCUGGACAAGGAGAUUUCAUCUCAAGUGUUUGUACCCAUGGGGUUGUUGACUGUGAGUUUCUAUUACAAUAACUGCGCAGCUUCACAAGAUCCCCAGCAUGGCGGCCUGGAGAGUCCCAUGGGAGCCUAGCACUAGAGCUUGCCAGCCCACUGACCACAGGCUGUUUAUACUGCCAAUGUUUUCUCCAGGAGUCUCCCUGCUUAUCCCUUCCGUUUUCAGUCUCCUUUUCUUCCUCACUAUUUAUUUUACCCCUGGAUCUCUUCCCUUGUACCAUCCAUGCUUCCCCUCUCACUGUGUAGACUGGGAGGUAGAGUAUCUAAUACUUAAAUGUGGCAAAUGGGAGGCCCUGAUGAGCAGCUGUCAUGGACAUUGUAUGAAGGGUCUCAGGAGCUGAACUUUUCUACUAAGAUGUGUAGAAGAACACAAGUUUCUGUAGGUGUAGGCUUUGGUACCUCCCCGGGGCAGCACUGUGCAGGGUGUGUGGUCUAGGCAGGAUCUCUGUAGAAGUGCCUGCCUCAGCCACUCACCAGCUGCUUGGACAGGCUGUUGAGUCUUUAUAGGUGAGCACUGAGCAUCUUCCUCCGCUCUAGCCACUUUCUGUCCUGUUGCUUUCCUGGCCAUAGUUGUUCCUGGCCUUUCUUCUGCAAGACUGGAGGAUCGAGCUAGGAUAGCUUGGUAAAGUAUGUCUCACUGCACACAGGGAACAACUGACCAGAAACCAAUAGUGAUGAGAGGGCGUGCGGGUUUGUGGGGCACUGAGGAAUGGCAAAGAGUAAUGCAGGAGCGGCUCUGUUGAGUACGUCAGGGAGCCGGCAAGAGGUACGCAGCAGCAAGAGGUACACAGCAACUUCUGGCCUUGGAGGCACAGGCACCAGGCACAGGCACAUGCACAGACAUAUAUGCAGGCCACACACCCAUAAAUAAAGUUUAAAAAAAAAAAAAAGGAGUGCUGCCCAUGAACCCAUCUGCACCAUCUUAAAAUGCACUUCCUCGGGAGUGGCACUGGGAUGCCAGGCCACUCCCCAUAGGACAGGACCAGAACUUGUGCCAUCAUGUGAGUCCUGCCCUUUUACCUGGUAGGCUUGUAGCAUCCCUUCUUAUGAACUGUGUUUGAAGCAGUAGAAUAAAGCCUGUAUUUUCUCCUGGA